AUGCAAGGAAGUUACAACAACAAUGGUCUACCAAGACCCUACUAUAUGAAACCAUCCAAAAAAAAACUGUCACCGUAUUCGAAUUUGAAAGAACCAAUUGUAUAUUUCAAUAACCCAAAAAGAAAAUUAGUGGGAUAUAUAAUAAUGUUCAGUUUAAUUGGGAUAUUAAUGUGGUGGAUCUCUCAAGAUUUUAAAGGGAGACCAGAAGUCGAAUAUGAAUUAGUCAAGAAUGAAAAAUCAGGUGAAAAGAAUACUCCAAUGGAUCUUAAAAAUAGUGCCAAUUUGGACAAGAUUGUGAAUGCAGUUGGUUCAAAAGCAGACAAGGAAAGUGAAAAUCUCGAUUUAGCAGAAAAUUUGUCAGAAGGUUCUAAAGGACAAAAGGGAAUUGGUGUAGCUGAAGCACCUAAAGGAGGAAUAGCUAAUGAGGCACCAGUUGUUGGCAACGAUGAAGAAGAAUUGGUUGGUACUGGUAAGGGUGGACAAAAACAGCAAAAAGCUGAUGGGAACCCAAAGGGGAAAGGUUAUAAAGCAUCUAUUGGAAAGACAGGUGAUAAAGAUUCUGUUCCUGCUGGUGCUGGCGCUCCUGCUGGUGUUGAUAGCCCCAAGGGAAAAGCUGAACCUGUACCUGAUGUUGAAGAUGCUGCUGCUGCUGCAAGACUAUCUAAUGAAGACACAGUUCAACAGAUUAUAGAAGAUACUGCAUGA